AUGGUCUUUCUCUCCACCACAACCCCCGGCGACAGCGGCUCGACGAUGAAGCCUAUGGGUAGUUUUGUAUAUGCUAUGCCAGACCGCACAAACCCGAAAUCAACAAUAUCCACAAUCCUCUGCAACUCACCGGGAAGCAUAGAAUAUGCAACGCGAACAGCAAAGGUGCUGGCUCGCAGGACAAAACUUCCUGUUUAUGUAGGAUGUAAUAUGGAUCCUGUGUCUACGGGGACAACAGUGGAAGAAGAAAUGGAAGGGUUUAAGAAGAUUGUUGAUACGAUUAUGGAGAGGUGGGAGGCGAGUCGAUGA